CGUGGAAGGGAGAAUAUAUUUUGAAUCAAGCGGCAAAAAAAGCUAUCUGCAAUAUAAAGUUGCAUAUUGUGAAAGGCUGCCUUAGUGGAAUCCCUGUUAAUGUAUCAACAUCGCGAAAUGAACGACUUCACAGAAAUAUGAACAAUGUUCUAAAGAUAAAUAAAAUUGGACUGGAGACCGCAUACGUAAGAUGCUCCAGGCUUUUUUUCAAAAUUAAUAACCAAGGAAAUAAUUCAAUUAAAAAACUUAUGGCUUGUUCAAAAGAUCCACCGGACUUUUCCAAACGAGUGGAAAAUUUCGGUUUUGAAACUUUUAGACAGAUUGGUGGUGAGUUAGAAGCUAUUAUACCAGAAAAAAAUGUUAUGAUUUACAAGUCGUUAGAUGAGUUGAGCGAAGAAGUAAUUUGUAAUAUCAGAAACGCUAUCUCAUCAUCACUGCAAACAAGUGAUGAUAUUCAAGAUGAACACACAUACGCCAAAAACAAAGGUAGAGAUAAUAAUAUGGCAAUGGCCAUUGCUGAUUCAGCUAUUAUUUUUUAUGAAUUAUAUAAAGGUUUGGAACACAUUGGAGGAACGCGUUUACUUUUGAAAACUAAUCUUGCACAUCUAAUUGGUCUUGAAUAUGGAAAUACCUUUAAUGCACUAAGAAACAUGCGCUCACAUUUUGCCACUGCGGCAACUACAGAUGGUACAAAGGCGGUACUCACAGGACAUCUUCAAUUUUUUGGACUUGAAGAGGUGGAGGUUCCAGGUGAUGGGAACUGCUUCUUUACCGCUGUUGCAUUUCACCUUUCAACUGUAUUGAACAAAGGAGCUUACAAAGUAAUCGCUGAUCAUCUUAGGGACAUUGGUUUGUUACCGACAAUGUCUGUGCAAGAAUUAUCGACAAGAUUGAGGAAUCUAAUCGUCCAAGAAUGGAGAGGUGAUUUCGCUUCUGAUUAUGCGAGUUUUUUGCCAGAUAAUGUGGACUACUUAUCUGAAGUCGAACAUUACGAAAGGCCUGGUUUUUUUGGAGGUAAUCUCGGUGAUCUUAUGCCAAUGGCAAUGGCAAAUGUAUUGGGAAUUCCACUCGGAAUAAUAACAUCGGAACCCAGCACUCCUAUAAUUAACGUAUGUCCACGUGGGUUUGUCAUGACCGCAACACCAAUUUUCUUGGCAUAUACGUCGUCAGGACCAGGUCACUAUAACGCAGUUUCGCCCAUAGUACCUUUGCAUCCUUCAGGCACUGUCGACACAACAGAGUCGCGUAAUGUAGUGGACUGUAAAGAAAAUUUUAAAUCAUCAACACCUGGACGUAAAGGUUGUAGGUGUGGACAAACGACACAAGCGCAGAAAAAUAGAAAAGCAAAGCCGUUAAAGAAAUAUAAAAGUUAUAAGCGAUGCAACUGCAUGAUUAAAUUUAAAUCUUGUUGCGACAGAUGCAAGUGCGUUGGUAAAUGUGGUGGAUGUACUUGCAAGACAAGAGUCGUCAAAGUUAGAAGGAAAACCAAAUCUUCGCCUCGUGUUAAGCACAUUUUACAGACGCAAAAAAAUAUAUUACCUAGUGGAUCUACACCUGAAGAAAAUACUACAAAUUUCUUGGAAGUCUGUGUUUUGUGUUCUAUUAUCAACUUUUUUCGAUCUGGUUAUUUCACAUUAUGGGAUGCUGAAACGGUUUACAGUUUAUACAUUGGUGUCAUAGAAGGCUUAUUUAACUUAAAUAUUGUUUUACCACUGAGAAAAUGGCAAAAAGAGUUCAUCUGGAAAAAGGUUUUAAAACUCAAAAAGGACUUUGAAAUUUGACGGUUUUGAGAUUUGCGCCGUAUAAAAGCACCCUUGUCAAAGAUGGUUUGUACAUUUGUCAAGACACUGUCGUUGUCAAGAAUGGUUUGUGUAUUUGUCAAAACACUGUCGUUGUCAAGAAUGGUUUCUACAUUUGUCAAGACACUG